AUGUCGGGGACAAACGUGUGGACUCGCAGUCGGGAGAGGAUGAGACGGUUCCCAGAGCUGUUUGCCCAGUGUUCUGGUGAGGUGCGUAACUACCAAACAAAAACACAUGUACUGAAAAAAUAUGUAAACGCAACAUGCAACAAUUUCAACGAUUUUACUGAGUUACAGUGGUCCUCUGUAGCUCAGCUGGUAGAGCACGGCGCUUGUAACGCCAAGGUAGUGGGUUCGAUCCCCGGGACCACCCAUACACAAAAAAAAAAAAAAAAUGUAUGCACGCAUGACUGUAAGUCGCUUCGGAUAAAAGCGUCUGCUAAAUGGCAUAUUAUUAUUAUUAUUAUUAUUAUUAUAUAAGGAAAUCGAUCAAUUGAAAUAAAUUCAUUAGGCCCUAAUCUAUGGAUUUCACAUGACUGGGCAGGAGCGCAGCCAGGUCCAGCCAAUCUGAAUGAGUUUUUCCCCACAAAAGGGCUUUAUUACAGACAGAAAUACUCCUCAGUUUCAUCAGCUUUCCGGGUCACUGGUCUCAGACGAUCCCGCUGGUGAAGAAGCCGGAUGUGGAGGUCCUGGGCUGGCGUGGUUACACGUGGUCUGUGGUUGUGUGGUCUGCGGUUGUGAGGCCGGUUGGACGUACUGCCAAAUUCUCUAAAACGACAUUAGUUGGCUUAUGGUAGAGAAACUAAUGUUAAAUUCUCUAGCAACAGCUCUGGUGGACAUUCCUGCAGUCAGCAUGCCUAUUGCAUGCUCCCUCAAGACUUGAGACAUAUGUGGCGUUGUGUGACACAACUGCACAUUUUAGAGUGACUUUUUAUUGUCCCCAGCACAAGGUGCACCUGUGUAAUAAUCAUGCUCCUUAAUCAGCUUCUUGAUAUGCCACACCUGUCUGGUGGAUGGAUUAUCUUGGCAAAGGAGAAACGCUCACUAAUCAUGAUGUAAACAAAUUUGUGCCAAAAAUUAGAGAAACUUUUUGUGCAUAUGGAAAAUUUCUGUUAUUUUAUUUCAGCUCAUAAAACAUGGAAUCAACACUUGACAUGUUGUUUAUAUUUCUGUUCAGUAUAGAUGGGCACUGUUAGCCAUACAUGAUCCAAAAGCAUAAAGCCAAGUUAAGUUGUCAUUCUGCCAAUGUGAGAACUUGUCCCAGUGUUUCCCCUGCCAUUGUAUAACUGGGGCAGCUCACCAAGGAAUUUGGCUUGUGGCCCUGUAUGAUGCUUUGGGGGGCCUCACUAAGAAAAUGAAAAAAAGUGAAGGGGAAACACUGCCGUGAACAAUAGAUGUAUCUAUUGUGUGUUUCCGCAAUCAUCCUCCAAUAUAAAUGUAAUCUAAAUACUGACUUCUGAAUAUCAUAUGUCCUCAGGCUGCAGCUUAUGGGAAGUGUGUGACAGCUACUACCACAGGCAGACAGGAGCUGAGAAAGGACCUGUGUGUUAAAGAGUUUGAUGCUCUGAAGACUUGCUUCGUUACAGCAGUGAGUGGCAUAUUACAGGUGUUCCAUAAUUAUACAUUUUGUCUGUCAUUGAUGUAUCAAUUCAAUUGACUUGAUCAUCUUAUUGUCUUGCAGGCCAAGAAGGGAGUGAAGUAG